GUCCAGCAUGGGGGCCACGUCUGUCUGGGCCUUGGGCCUCCUGAUGCUCCAGAUGCUGCUGUUUGUGGCUGGGGAACAGAGCACACAGGAUGCCACUGCUGCUGCCUCUGCUGCCGCCAACAAGGGGCUCCACAUGCAGAAGGUGGGGUCGGGGUCGGUUCGGGCUGCGCUGGCAGAGUUAGUGGCCCUGCCCUGUCUCUUCACCCUGCGACCAUGGCCAGAUGCAGGCCGAGAAGCCCCUCGGAUCAAGUGGACCAAGGUGCGGACUGCAUCAGGCCAGCGGCAGGACUUGCCUAUUCUGGUGGCCAAGGACAAUGUGGUUCGAGUGGCCAAGGGCUGGCAGGGACGUGUUUCACUGCCUGCCUACCCCCGGCACCGGGCCAACGCGACGCUACUACUGGGACCACUGAGAGCCAGCGACUCUGGGCUCUACCGCUGCCAGGUGGUGAGGGGCAUAGAGGAUGAGCAGGACCUCGUGCCCCUGGAGGUGACAGGUGUUGUGUUCCACUACCGGGCAGCCCAGGAUCGCUAUGCACUGACCUUCGCAGAGGCCCAGGAGGCCUGCCGUCUCAGCUCAGCCACCAUUGCAGCCCCACGGCACCUGCAGGCUGCCUUUGAAGAUGGCUUUGACAACUGUGAUGCCGGGUGGCUCUCUGACCGCACUGUUCGGUAUCCUAUCACCCAGUCCCGUCCUGGUUGCUAUGGCGACCGUAGCAGCCUUCCAGGGGUGAGGAGCUAUGGGAGGCGCGACCCACGGGAACUCUACGAUGUGUAUUGCUUUGCCCGUGAGCUGGGGGGCGAGGUCUUCUAUGUGGGCCCGGCCCGCCGCCUGACCCUGGCCGGCGCGCGUGCCCAGUGCCGCCGCCAGGGCGCCGCGCUAGCCUCGGUGGGACAGCUGCACUUGGCCUGGCACGAGGGCCUGGACCAGUGCGACCCGGGCUGGCUAGCCGACGGCAGCGUGCGCUACCCGAUCCAGACGCCGCGCCGGCGCUGCGGCGGCCCAACCCCCGGCGUGCGCACCGUCUACCGUUUCGCCAACCGCACUGGCUUCCCGGCGCCCGGAGCGCGCUUCGAUGCCUACUGCUUCCGAGCUCAUCAUCCUACACCACCACAUGGAGACCCAGAGACCCCCUCAUCUGGGGAUGAGGGGGAGAUUCUGUCAGCAGAAGGGCCUGCAGCCCAAGAAGUGGAACCCAGCACUGGGGAGGAGAUGGUCACCCCUGACUUCCAGGAGCCUCUAGUAUCCAGUGGGGAAGAAGAGCCUCUGAUCUUGGCAGAGAAGCAGGAGUCUCAGGCGACCCGCAGCCCUGCUCCUGGAGGCUUCAUGCUAGCCUCAAGGCCCCCCCGGGAGGCUGAAGAGGUGUGGCCGAGCACAGUGGCCCCCAGCCCUAGCAGCCCCAGCACUGCAGUGGGCGCUCACACGGAGGCGACUCCAACUGGCCCCGUGCCCAGGAGGAGGGGACGCUUUAAAGGGUUGAAUGGGCGCCACUUCCAGCAGCAGGAACCCCACCGAGGCCUGGAGGUGGGGCUUGAGGCCAGCACCCAGGCCCUGACCCCAGAGGCUGCUGGGAAUCACGUGGAGCCUCUGCUGGCCACAGGAGCCACAGAUGCUUCAGGGGAUAGCCGGAGCCAAAGCCCUUGGGCUGUGCUGACCAAUGAAGUGGAUGUGCCUGGAGCUGGUUCCCCUGGUGGCAGGAGCCCCCCAGAGCCCUGGCUGUGGCCCCCGACCGUGGCCCCACCCAGCGUCCCAGGCCCCAGCAGCAUUGCUGGCCUGGAACUAGAGGAAGCCAAGGGCCCCAGUGUGAGGCCGGCCGCUCCUGAACUGUCCUGGUCUCCCUCAGAGGUCACUGCCCUAGAACCCAACCCCUCAGAGGGUCCCAGCAGUGCCCCCUGGGAGGUAUCCCCCAUGGUCACUUCCCCAGACUUUCCUGUCAUGGCCAUGCUUCGUGCCCCCAAACUGUGGCUUCAUCCAAACCCGACGCCCCUCCCCAUGCAGGCCAACAGGGUCAAGGGGCAUAGUGAGGCCGUGGCUUCUGUACCACCCUCCCCUGCCUCAGACACUGAGGCUGUCCCCCAGGACCCUAUUUAUCCAGAAAUGCAUUCCUUGCCCCUCUCCUCAGGCCCCACAGGACAGGGUAGAGAGGCCACACCCCCGACAGUCAGCGGCCACAGAGCAGGAAGUGCAGUAGCUCCUUUGCAGACAGCCACAGACACACAAGCCAGUCCUAACUCUCCCAGGGCAGACUUGGGAGAAAUUGGGGGGACCAGCCCUACUGGGCCCAGCAAAGCUGAGCGCCCCAGAUCCAGUCCACAAGCUGCUGUGGACAGGAAUGUGGCGGAAGAUUUCGCCGCCACUGAGACUGCCACUGAGCCCACGGGAGUGAGAGACAUCUCGGGGUCUGAGUCUGGGGUCUUCGGCACAGCAGAAAGCCCCACUUUUGGCGCUCAGGCCACCACGGACAAGGCACAGGGCACGUGGCCCUCACUGCACAGUGAAGGGCUGGACUCCCACCCCCCAUCUGCACCCUCGGGUGUUCCUAGAGUCCUCUUAAUUCCUGGGGUCACCCCAAGUUUGGAGCCUUGGGCCACUAUAAAUGGAGAAGCCGUGGUGGGGCCCACAGAUUCCACGGCCACACUGGCCCCCAGUGAUGCUGGUGGGAUUUGGGCACCUGGAACCCAUGUGGUUGAGGGAGCUGAAAGCCCCACCCUGAGCCCUCGAGUGGCCGUGGAUUCAAGCGUAGUGAUGUCCCUCAUGUCCGUGGACCAAGGGGACAAGGCUGGAGUCCUGGCCAUGUCCACAGUGGCCUCCUCGAGCUCCCAACCCCAUCCAGAGCCGGAGGGCCAGAUGGUGACCCAGGGAAUACUGGGAGCCUUGGCCCCUUCACAGGACAGCAGCCCCCCAGGGGAGCUUGUUUUUCCUCCUUGGACACCAACGGCAGCCAGCACGGACAAGCCUGUCUCAGUUUCCUCAGGAGAGCCUACAGUGCCGGGUGACUCUCCCAGCACCCCACUGCCGGCCUCCCUGGGCCCAGAGGAGUUUGAGCUGGAGGUCCUUUCAGGGAGCCCAGGUGUGGAGGGCUUCUGGGAGGAGGCAGCGAGUGGAGAAGAGCCGACCCUGCCAGGGACCCCAGCAAAUGGAAGUACAGAGGAGGCCCCCUUGGAUCCCUGCGAGAACAACCCUUGCCUGCAUGGGGGCACCUGUAAAGCCAACGGCACCAUGUACGGCUGUAGCUGUGACCAGGGCUUCGCCGGGGAGAACUGUGAGAUUGAUAUUGAUGACUGUGUCUCCAGCCCAUGUGAGAACGGAGGCACCUGCAUUGAUGAGGUCAACACGUUCGUCUGCCUUUGCCUCCCCAGCUACGGGGGUAGCCUCUGCGAGAAAGACACAGAGGGCUGUGACCACGGCUGGCACAAGUUCCAGGGCCACUGCUACCGCUACUUUGCCCAUCGACGGGCGUGGGAGGACGCCGAGAGGGACUGCCGCCGCCGAGCGGGCCACCUGACCAGCGUCCACUCACCCGAGGAACACAGCUUCAUUAACAGCUUUGGGCGUGAAAACACUUGGAUCGGCCUGAAUGACAGGAUCGUGGAGAGGGAUUUCCAGUGGACGGACAACACGGGGCUGCAAUAUGAGAACUGGCGGGAGAACCAGCCUGACAAUUUCUUCGCGGGUGGGGAGGACUGUGUGGUGAUGGUUGCACAUGAGAGCGGGCGCUGGAACGACGUUCCCUGUAACUACAACCUCCCCUAUGUCUGUAAGAAGGGAACAGUGCUGUGUGGUCCCCCUCCAGCAGUACAGAAUGCCUCACCCAUUGGUGCUCGCAAGGCCAAGUAUAAUGUUCAUGCCACUGUACGAUACCAAUGUGAUGAAGGAUUUACCCAGCACCAUGUGGCCGUCAUCCGAUGCCGGAGCAAUGGCAAGUGGGACCAGCCCCAAAUCGUCUGCACCAAACCCAGACGGUCCCAUCGGAUGCGGCGACACCAUCACCACCACCAGCACCAUCACCAGCGUCACCACCAUAAAUCGCACAAGGAGCGCAGAAAACACAAGAAACACCCAGCAGAGGACUGGGAGAAGGAAGAAGGGAAUUUCUGCUGAAGAACCAGGCAAAAGGAAGCACAACCCCUUUCCCACACCUUCCCUGGAGCCUUCACCUGGGGAGACAGAGCCCAGAGAAAAACAAGAGGGUCUGGAAGUCCCUGAGCCCCAAACCUCACACCCCCCCCCACCUCCACAAUCCUUUGUAAAAAGCUCCUCUCUCCUCUUUCUUACAUACACAAGGUCCUCUUGGCAGGCAUAGCCAUGUAUCUGAAAAGUCAGUUCUAGUCAGGCUGAACUCUGGGACCAUCUCCCAGUGAAGGGAAGCACAAUCAGCAAAGAUCAUUCUUUGCAUUGGUUAAGUCUUUUGUUGGCAAGGCUGAUUACCAGUUGUUGAAAUAAGGCUUUGAUGAAGGUGCAAGAGUGUAUGUUUGGGUUCACACUAAGGAAUUGCUUUUCACACCAGAAGAUCAGGCUUAGUAAACUGUCAGAUGUGCAGGUUUACUAAAUGCAGGCUGAAGCUUUCAGUUAAGGUCAUUGGCUUUGGGAAUAGAAAACUCCAUGGAAGCACACUGCUUGAACUUGACAGCUGUCUUCCUUCACCCUGGACUUCAGCACAAGUUCCUUCUCUGGUCUUGGUGGAUAAAUGGAGUAUGGAACUCCUGUGUACUGAAUUUUAGGAAUGUUUUUAGAAUAACCUCCUUCUGUGCCCUCAAGAGUUGGGGUCAGAAUAGUCAGAGCAAUAUAUGGGAAUAGAAGGAAGGUGUAUUGCUUACCCUCCCAGGUCUAGUCCAGUGCUGAGAUUUGGUGGUUCUGUACGUGUGGUGAAUCUCUCUCACACACACAGAUGAGAGGAUGUUUAGGGCUUGAUGAGCCCAGAUUUCUUCCCCCUCCAUCUCUCAGGGAGACAAAGAACCUCCUUCCUGGAUCAAGGAGGUGCCAAGUUUUCUAGCUCAGUGCCCAUCCCCGUCCCUCCAGAGACAUUGGUAGUGCCCCUGCCCUGGGUCCUGCCCCCACUCCUGCCCCAUCCCUGUCUUCAUUCAUUGCCUGGUGGACUAGAAAUGCUUAAAACUUGAAGUAGUAACAUCUUCCUGCGGUCAUGUUGUAGCGAAAUGCACAGUGUUAAAAACUGAAACACACACACACACACACACACACACACACACACACAGAGACACACACAUUUUUCUCUCAUUGCUUUUUAAAAAUCUUUUAAGUGGGAAAGAACUGACUAAAUCUGUUCCCCCAGUUGGCAACCUGUAAAAUAGUUCUCCAAGCCAGAGGCCAGGAUUCAGCUCCUUGAUCUCUGGCAGGGAAAACCCCCAUGGUAUCCUUCAUGUUUUGUCCCCUCUGAACUCCUCUCCUCUGGGAAAAGUCUGUGGAUCUGUGUUAAAAAUUACAGUGGGGAAUGGCCCUCUGCAAGAAAGAAAAAUAAGAAAGUAGAUGGUCCAAGGGUUCAGUAGAGAAAGAAAUGUGUUGAUUGAGCCUAUAUUCCUCCUGGGAAGGAAUAAUCAUAGCCGACAACUAUGGAGUCUAUACUGUUCUAAGGACUCCCACACUAUCUCCUUGAAUCUUCUCAACAGCCCAGUGAUUUUGGAACUAUUAUUUCCCCCAUUUUACACAUAACAAGAGUGAGGCUCAGAGAAGAGAAAGGCACUGGUUUGAAUCCACAGCCAAGACAGGAGAAAGGAUUUGGUCCUUCAUCUGUCUGAUUCCAAACAUUGCUUUUACUUUGGGGGAAUGGACUGAAGCAUAAUUAUACUCUCUCAUAUGCACAGGCAGAUUUAGGAAAAGAUUGAGAAGUGCAAACUAGACCCUUAUCCUUGACCAUGGUCUUCAGUCUUCCCCGCUAUAGACAUUAUCUCCUGCUCCACCUUAUAGUUAUAGAGAAAGCCCAGGGAUGUACAUUUGCCUUCUUGCUUUGAUAAUUUUUUUUUUUGCUUUUAAAAAUAUAAUAACACAUCUUCAAUAAUUCAUGUCAUAAAAUAAUUUUCCUUUGGGGGUGGUGCUUGGGGGUGCAGCUUUUUUUUAGGGGGGGGGGGCUUGGUUUAUGCUCCCUGCCCUUGGCCCCCUUAGUCCCUUGCUCGGCCUCCACCCAGCUCCCUGGUGGGAGGGGGCUAUGGUCUUUUCUAAAGUGGGUGGUUUGUCUUUUAGUCUUUCCCUUUGGGAUGUGCGUGUGUUUGCGUGUGCCGCGUGCGUGGCAUGCGUGUGAGUGUGUGCGCGCGUGAACAGCUUCGGGUUCUGCUGGUUUUGCUGUGAGCUGCAGUGUUCUGUGGGUCUGUGGUAUCUGACACUGUGGAUAUUAAUGUACUUCUUGGACAUUUUAAUAAAAUUUUUUAACAGUUCCACCUG